AUGCCACCAGAGGGACUGCUGCCUCUCAAGGGAACCGUUUCGCGCGUUUCGGGGAAGUUUUGUCCGGAAUACCUAGUUGCUAUGGACGACAUUAGCGGCUGUGCGGAGACCUUCGCGACGUCCUCGUUAAAGAUGCUCCGGUGGGAUAAAACAAAUCUGCACCCGUUAGCUCACAGCGCCAGUUUGUUCGCUCACGAGAAGCCGACUCCGUCACCCAACUUUACUUGGGUGACGGUUUCGCAAGCUAACCUAGCAAGCGAGUUCACGUUAGCUGUUGACGGCGCGUCCCAAACGCGCGGAGGACGGACAGGUGGAGGUGACACCGGGACGCUGGUGUUAGCUUUAGUCCCAGUUAGCCGCCGUCGAGGCGUUGACCCUCCCCAUCAGAGCGACACCAGGACCAUUUAUGUAGCGAACCGCUUCCCCCAGAACGGCCACUACGUCCCGCAACGCUUUGCCGACAACAGAAUCAUCUCCUCCAAGUACACAAUUUGGAAUUUCGUCCCUAAGAAUCUGUUUGAGCAGUUCAGAAGGAUAGCCAACUUCUACUUUCUCAUUAUCUUCCUCGUACAGUUAAUGAUAGACACCCCAACUUCCCCAGUAACCAGUGGCCUGCCUCUCUUCUUUGUGAUCACAGUUACAGCCAUAAAACAGGGCUACGAGGAUUGGCUGAGACACAAAGCAGACAACGAGGUGAACGGGGCUCCGGUGUUUGUGGUUCGCAGCGGAAGUCUCGUCCAGACAAGAUCAAAGAACAUCAGGGUGGGGGACAUCGUUCGGGUGGCUAAGGAUGAGACAUUCCCAGCGGACCUGGCCUUGCUGUCGUCGGAUCGUGCGGAUGGAACCUGUCACAUCACCACAGCCAGCCUGGAUGGGGAAACCAACCUUAAGACUCACUACUCGGUGGCAGAGACGUCGGUGUGUCAGUCUGUGUCCCAACUGGAGGCUCUGCAGGCUGUGGUGGAGUGCCAACAACCGGAUGCGGACCUGUACAGGUUUGUCGGCCGGAUUACGGUGACUCAAGAUGAAGAGGAGAUAGUCAGGCCGCUGGGUCAGGAGAGUUUGCUGCUGAGAGGAGCCAGGUUGAAAAAUACCAAAGAGAUUUUUGGUGUGGCAAUUUACACAGGCAUGGAGUCCAAGAUGGCCCUCAACUAUAAGUGCAAGUCCCAGAAACGCUCUGCAGUAGAGAAGUCCAUGAAUACCUUCCUCAUCAUCUACCUUGGCAUCUUGCUGUUUGAGGCCAUCCUCAGCACCAUCUUGAAAUAUGCCUGGCAGGCUGAAAACAAAUGGGACGAGCCUUUCUACAACCAGAAGACUGAACAAGAGAGAAACAGCAGUCCGAUCUUGAAGUUCAUCUCCGACUUCUUGGCGUUUCUGGUCCUCUAUAACUUCAUCAUCCCCAUCUCGCUUUACGUCACUGUGGAGAUGCAGAAGUUCCUGGGUUCCUUUUUUAUUGGCUGGGAUUUAGACCUUUACCACGAGGAGAGCGACCAGAAAGCUCAGGUCAACACCUCUGACCUCAACGAGGAGCUGGGCCAGGUGGAGUACGUCUUUACGGAUAAGACGGGCACGCUAACUGAAAACGAGAUGCACUUCCGCGAGUGUUCAAUUAACGGAGUCAAGUACCGGGAAGUUAAUGGCAAACUGGUACCAGAGGGAAUGAAUGACGACUCGCCAGAUGGUUGUACGCCUCAACUGAUUGGUGAGGAGUUGCUAUUCCUCAAGGCGGUGUCACUGUGUCACACGGUUCAGAUCAGCUACGACCAGCCAGACGACCUCGGCGGAGACCCGUUCUCCCAUGCGAACGGCUUCUCUUCCAAUAACAUGGAGUACUACGCCUCUUCGCCGGACGAGAAAGCUUUGGUAGAGGCAGCAAAGAGAAUUGGAGUGGCCUUCACUCGGUGCAGCGGAGAGACGAUGGAGAUCAGGACAUUCGGCAAGUCAGAGAAGUAUAAAUUGCUCCAUCUGUUAGAGUUUGAUGCUGACCGGAGGAGGAUGAGCGUCAUACUGCAAACUCCCUCAGGUGGCAAAGUGCUGUUCACAAAGGGCGCAGAGUCGGCCGUCUUACCCUUCACCACCAGCGGUGAGAUAGAAAAGACGAGACUUCACGUUGACGAGUUCGCCUUGAAAGGUCUGCGGACCUUAGUUGUCGCAUGUCGGCACUUCAGCCCAGAGGAGUACGCCGACGUGGACAAGCAUCUGAGCGCUGCUCGCACCGCGCUGCAGCAGAGGGAGGAGAAACUGCAAGAGGCCUUUAACUACAUCGAGAGAGACCUGCAGCUGCUGGGAGCAACGGGGGUUGAGGACAAACUCCAAGAUAAAGUCCAGGAGACCAUUGAGGCUCUGCGGCUGGCGGGGAUCAAGGUAUGGGUGCUGACGGGAGACAAACACGAGACGGCGGUCAGCGUCAGCCUGUCCUGUGGCCACUUCCACCGAACCAUGAACAUCCUGGAGCUUCUGCAGCAACGCUCUGACAACGAUUGUGCUGAGCAGCUUCGCAGACUGGCCAGGAGGAUAAACGAGGACCAUGUCAUACAGCACGGGCUGGUCGUGGACGGGGCCAGUCUGUCUUUAGCCUUAAGGGAACACGAGAAGCUCUUUAUGGAAGUGUGUAAAAACUGUUCAGCUGUGCUCUGCUGCCGCAUGGCCCCGCUGCAGAAAGCUAAGGUGGUGCGUCUUUGGAAAACCUCCCCAGAGAAACCCAUCACUCUGGCGAUUGGGGAUGGAGCAAAUGAUGUCAGUAUGAUACAGGAAGCUCACGUGGGCAUCGGUAUAAUGGGAAAGGAGGGUCGUCAGGCCGUGAGAAACAGUGACUAUGCAAUCGCCAGGUUUAAGUUCCUGGCAAAACUUUUGCUGGUCCACGGUCACUUCUACUACAUUAGAAUAGCUACGCUUGUACAGUACUUUUUCUACAAGAAUGUGUGUUUUAUCACGCCACAGUUUUUAUACCAGUUCUUCUGUCUGUUUUCACAACAAACUCUGUAUGACAGCGUUUACCUGACGCUGUACAACAUCUGCUUCACCUCGCUGCCCAUCCUGGUGUAUAGUCUGUUUGAACAGCUGGUCCAUCCACACGUCCUGCAGAACAAACCUGGCCUGUACAGGGACAUCAGCAAGAAUUCUCUGCUGUCCUUCCGCACGUUCCUCUACUGGACUUUGUUGGGAUUCUGUCACGCCUUCAUCUUCUUCUUUGGCUCCUACAUCCUGAUGGGGGAGGACACAUCGCUUAUGGGCAACGGACAAAUAUUUGGAAACUGGAUAUUUGGGACGCUGGUCUUUCCGGGAUGGGUCAUCCCAGUCACGAUAAAGCUUGCCUUGGAGACUCACUUCUGGACGUGGAUGAACCAUUUUGUGACGUGGGGUUCUAUUGCCUUCUACUUCAUAUUCUCUCUCUUCUACGGAGGCAUCAUCUGGCCUUUCCUCCACACCCAGGACAUGUACUUUGUGUUCGUGCAGCUGCUGUCCAGCGGCUCAGCCUGGUUUGCCAUCAUCAUCAUCAUCAUAACUUGCCUCUUUCCUGACGUGGUGAAGAAGGUCUUCUAUCGACAUCUGCAGCCCACCAGCACACAGAAGAGUCAGUCUCUAUCGUCCCCCCAGACGCCGACCCUCAGCUGUGUGGAGUCCCUGUGCUGCUACCAACACGGGCAGAGCGGCUGCUCCCGCCUGGCCAGCCUCCUGGAGCAGGUGACCGGGGCCGGCGGCAGCCACUGCCACGCUUCCAGCCGCAGCAACAGGUCGUGGAGCGACACGGAGAACGACCGCAGCAUCCUGACGCUGUCGCCCAUCGAGUCCACCCACUGCUGACUCCCGCUGACUGUCACACACGCAGAUCUGGGGAUCCCCCACACACCUACACCUUAUAAACCUACACCUCCUUUAAGCUGGCGGUGGAUGCACCACGGAUCACGCAUCACGGGAAACCACAGGUCUGCGUGUGGCUCGCGGCGGUAUCCCUCACCGCCACCCUUUGCCACGCGUACGAGUUCAUAGUAAGAUGGAAGAGGAGGAAGUGCGGCGUGGACAGGAACUCAAAACGUUCAGUG